GCAAGUAACGUUAUGACAGCUUAAGUGGGACUGUGACAGCUUUUUGGUUAUACAUUGUGUGAUACGUGGACUACCUGAAAUCGAGAUUUGAGUUAAAUGUAUUAUAGAUAGAGGAUGUCGUUCACAGUACAGAUUGUAAAGCCCAUUGAGGCAAUGCGAUUGCGAUUUUGGUCUAUAUAGGUAAAGCUGAUUUGAAAUUUGAUUUGAUUUGAUUUGAACUAUAGAAUACGUAAAGCUGCGUUUAACACAGUUGCUGUAUCAAUAACAACUAAUUCAUGCGACAGAUGCACAAGAGCCACAGCUCUCAGUAUAAGCAUCAGAAACAACAGCAGGUUUUUAAAUCAAUAACUGCAGCAGUUCAUAAGUGGGGAAAUGUUUCAUAUACAAGUACGACUAUGCUGCUUUGCCUUCCAAAUACAUUUAGGAAUAAAAUAUACCGAUGAUACCUCACGUAGAUAUCAGUGACUUCUGAGGUUAGCCCAGUGACAGCUAACAUUAGCCAGCUAGCUCCUCCCUUUCUCUGACGUUUCCACGAGCUACCUGUCAGUCAGCACCGAGGUGCCCGGUGAGGAGGAGGAGGAGGAGGAGGAGGUGUGAGCGGGGACAGGAGUGAAGAUGACGGGACAGAAUGAUUUGGACAUACCCGACACAGGAGCCAUCUUCACAUUUGGAAAGAGCAGUUUUGCUGACAAUGUGCCCAGUAUAUUCUGGUUGAAGAAUGACCAGCCAGUGCAGCUUUCUUGUGGUGGAGAGCACACUGCUGUCAUCACAGAAAAUGGCAGGCUGCUCAUGUUCGGUGGUAACACUUCGGGCCAGCUAGGGCUUGGGUUUAAGCCCGCUGCCAGCAAACCUGCCUCUGUGAAAGCCUUAAAGUCUGAGAAGGCGAAGCUCGUCGCUUGUGGAAGAGAUCACACAAUUGUCUGCACAUGGCGUGGUAGUGUGUAUGGUGCUGGCAGUAACCAAGAGGGGCAGCUCGGUUUGGGCCACUGCAACAACACCACAUCCUUUCAGCUGCUGCAUCCCUUCUGUGACCAUGCGCCAAUCAAAAUGCUCUCUGCAGGAUGCAACACCUCAGCUGCCUUAACAGAGGACGGGAGGCUGUUCAUGUGGGGAGACAACUCUGUGGGUCAGAUCGGUUUAGGGGAUGAGGGAUUUGCAGCCGAGCCCAGAGAGGUGAAUGUUGGGGAGGCGGUGACGUGGGUCUCCUGCGGGUACCAACACUCAGCGUUGGUCACAGCGGAUGGAGCUCUCUUCACGUUUGGCGAGAGCGCAAAUGGAAGACUUGGUCUCCAGGGCGAGCAGCUGGCCAAUCACAGGGUCCCGCAGCGGGUGCAAGGGAUCCUAGGUCGUGUGACUCAGGUGUCCUGUGGAGGAGAGCACACCGUGACACUCACAGAGGAGAGCGUGUACACUUUCGGCAGGGGUCAGUACGGUCAGCUGGGCCAUGGCACGUUCCUGUUCGAGAUCGAUUUUCCAAAACCAUUGGAGCACUUUAGUAACAGCAGCAUCAAGCAUAUCGCCUGUGGAGAGAACCACACCGCUGUGAUCACAAACAGCGGGCAUCUCUACACGUUUGGUGAUGGUCGCCAUGGAAAACUGGGCUUGGGGGAGGAAGACUUCAUCAACCAGUUCAGCCCGACACUCUGCACACGUUUUCUCAAGAACAAUGUUCAGCUAGUGUCCUGCGGUGGUAACCACAUGCUGAUACUGGCUGCACCCAGACCACCAGAGAGCCUAGAUGUGCUGCUAGAGAAGGAUGUCACAAUUACAGACAACUCUUUGGAGUCAAGUUACUCAGAAAUUCUCCUGUUGGACGCUUCAAUUGAUCCUAAUCUGCUGAUCCCGCUGUCAGCGCUGUCUGCUCGAGCCCGCCACAGAGAGAAAGGGAGCUCUGCAGAGCUUUUUGGGGAGAUGUUUCAGAACCUCCCACGCCUGAAUUCUGACUUCCUCAGCACCUCCUGGCAAACAUCCAGAAAUAUCCCAACCCCUCAAAUGCUCACAAAGGACAUUAGCACGCCUUCAUCAUCACCUAAACCCCUUUCAGAAGUAACACCGAGUCCAGCACUCUCCCCCCGAUCCCUCUCCAAAUCCCCUCAGAGUCCACGGCUAUCCUCUAAACAAUCCUCGAGGCUAUCAAGUCCACAUUCUCAUUCAUCAAACAGUUUUCUGAGUAAAUCCUCAACUGCAGUUUCCUCUAAGUCUAAAUCAAAAGAGUUGCCUUCUCCCUUCCUCUCACCAAAAUCUAUAAGUAAACGUAGCCCUUACAUCCCAGUUUCUCCUAAAAAGACGGUAAAAAAAAGACUGCAUGGAGUGACAGCUGCUAAAAAGGUUUUAAUCGAAAACCAGUCCACUCCUCUAUCACCUCAAGAACCCUGUAGCCCCACAAGACCCUCCAGUGAUAUUUCCAGUAAUCACUCCAGUGAAGAGCUUCCUGCUCCACCACACACAGAGGGAGAAACCCUCGCAGGAGGAAUUGUCAUAGAGGAUGUAGAGGAGAGUGUCUCUGAAAAAGGAGCUGACUCUGAUUUUUUGCCAAACACGGGAAAGAAGAAGGGCAGAGCUCUUAGAAGAUCUAUGAAAGAGGCGGAGGAGUUCGCUGAGCAGCUCCAGUCUAACGGGAAAGCAGAACAAAAUUCCCACAAGGCCUUACCCACAGAGAUCCUUAAAGGCUCCAGCCCUGGAAGGAAAGAAGUGUCUUCACCAAAGAGCUCAAAGAGUCUGAAAAAGCCCAAAGUCACAUCCAAAGACAAAGAGAAUAUUACCAACCAGUCAAAUAAGAUAUCAAGACAAGCUCAAAAGGAACCCUCCCAUUUUCAGUCACCACGUGAUAAGAGAAACAGUAGUCCACAGUCUGUCUGGAAGACACUGACUGAAGCACAACAGAGGCUGACUGAAGUGAAGGAAAAUGCCAGCAGGAGUAGAAAUUUAAAAGAAACUAAUUUAAACCAAGAGGACGAGAGAGCCAGCACUUUAAAAAAAGACUUGACAAGGACACCAAAAAAGGAGAGAAAUAAAUCACCAGCUUUAAACAUAACUUCUCCUAUUGUCAAAGUUGGUAAAGAAAAUGAAAUAACCAGCUUAUCCGACCCAAGAGGAAGUUCGACAUCAACAGAAAACACUGCGCAGAAAAACACAGAAACCUCUGACGUCAAACCUCUUGAAGUGGAGAUGCAACCAGAGACACAGCGAGUCAAAUCGACUCUGACAAAAGAUUUGGACAUGGUUAAAUCAGCACCUGGGAAAGGUAAAAGUAAAGCACUGCAUGCAAAAUCACCUCCUGUGAAGAAAGAAAGCACACCUGCUCUGGUUGAUACGAAGAAAUCCCCAAGUGUGAAAUCUACACCUGUGAAAGUUAAAGGGAAACUGCAAAAGGUGAAAAAUCUAAGUAAACGUGAAAAAAAUACUGAAGGAAAAGGAAAGGUUGUUGAAAAGGAGUUUUUGGCUCAAAACCUUAAAGGUAGAACCGCCGAUAAGAUGAAGACACCGGAUGUUGACAGCUCUAAACUUACGGACAAAAACAAGUCGAAAGAAACUAAACUGAAGGCAAAGACAAAGCCAAGGGGACAAGAAGGAGAGGAAGUUAAAGGAGAAGCUGUUGCGGCCUCUAAAAAUGAUACCAGGGCCAAGCCGGCGAGUCAGCACUCUGAAGCUUCCAGCCUGCUGUUAUCACAGCAGGAUACACCUACUGAAGUGGUGUGUAGCCCCAUUUCAUCACAAAGCCCUCAGAGAAGAGAGGCAGUUUCCGUCAGUCGUGCCAAGUCCCUGCAAAGCCCUGAACCUGCUGAGAGGAAUCCGCUACUUUCUGACAGAAACAGAGAGGAUACUCAAGAAACUGAAGAGAAACCCAGGUGGGGGGAAAUUCUCGGUACCGCAGCCUCCCUUCUCCCUGCUGUUGGGAUAGCUGGCGCGUCAAUGGGAGUCCUUAGUGAUGCAGUGACAAGCUUCAGGCGUGCCCAGUCUGACAGUGAUACCAUUCCCUCAACACCCACUAAAAUGAAGCAAUUCACAAAGCAGAGUGCAAUCAUGCAACCUAGCUUUUCCUCAACACUGUCACAUUUUUCUUCAACAGAAGCGUCAAAUCCACUAGAAGAAGGAAAAGAUGUUGAGGCGAGUGUUGUAACUGAGUCGGGAAACACACAAGAAGAAAGUAAAGAGAGCACUCGGGAUCAGUCCGAACAGAUCGGCAGUGAAGACAUUUCCCAAACAGAGAAGGAGAAAAGUGUCUCCGACACAGACGAUGAGACAACCUACAAACCUUCAGCAGAGGAUGAUGAGGGAGAGAUUACAGAUCCUGGAGAUGAAGAGGGAGGGAGUGGAAGCAGUGUGGUAGAGAAAGAGGAAGAGGAGGAGGGAGGUGGAAGUACUGAUGAGGUAGAGGAGAAAAUAGAGAGUGUUUCUGGAGAGGGUGAGGAAGAGCAAGAAAGUGCAGAGGAAGACGGUGAGGAGGAAACAGGUUCCAGCAGUGAGAAGAGUGAUGCUACAGAGGCUGAGAAGGAGGAAGAAGAAAGCAGUGAGGAAUCAGGAGAAGGAGGAAGUGACUCUAAGGUAAGUGAAACUGCAGAGGAGGAGGAGGAGGGGGAGGAGGAUGGGGAAAGUCUAGUGUCUAGUGACGAAGAGAAUAAAGAAGAAGAAGAAGAGAGUGAGUUGACUGAGGAUGAAGAAGAUGAAAGUGGUGAAGGAUCGGGGAGUGCCAGCAGCAGGAGCAAAGAGUCGGAUGAGGUGGAGGAAGAGGAGGAAAGAGAGGGAAGUGACACAGAAGCAGAAGAAGAUGAAGAUGAAACUGAGGAACAAGAAGAUUCCACUGAAAGCGAGAUUGAGGAGAAAGACUCAGAAGAAGAUGAAGAAUCAGAUGAGAGCAAGGAAGAGGAAGAAGAGAAACAGGAUAAAGAGAGUGUUGAAAAUGAUGAGGAGGAAGAGGAAGACAGCGAGGCUAAUGAAGAGGAGGAAGAGCAAAGUGAAACGAGUGACUUGGAUGAGGGGGAAGCUGAGGACGAGACGGCAGAGGAGAAAGAAGAAGAAGAGGGUGAGGAGGAGGUUACCGAUGAUGAGGAAGAAGAGGGUAUAGAGGGUACAGAGGAGGAGGAGGGAGAAAUUGGUGAAGAGACUGCAGAGGAAGAAGAAGGUGAGGAAGCAGAGGAAAGUAAGGAUGUUACAGAGGAGGAGGAGGAUGAGACUGCAGAGGAAGUGGAACAAGGUGAUGAGGGAGAAGAGAGUAAGGACGUUACAGAGGAGGAAGAGGAUGAGACUGCAGAGGAAGAAGAAGAAGGAGAUGAGGGAGAGGAGAGUAAGGAUGUUACAGAGGAGGAAGAGGAGGAGGAUGAGACUGCAGAGGAAGAAGAAGAAGGAGAUGAGGAGGGAGAGGAGAGUAAGGAUGUUACAGAGGAGGAAGAGGAGGAGGAGGAUGAGACUGCAGAGGAAGAAGAGCAAGGUGAUGAGGAGGGAGAGGAGAGUAAGGAAGUUACAGAGGAGGAAGAGGAGGAGGAUGAGACUGCAGAGGAAGAAGAAGAAGGAGAUGAGGAGGGAGAGGAGAGUAAGGAUGUUACAGAGGAGGAAGAGGAGGAGGAUGAGACUGCAGAGGAAGAAGAGCAAGGUGAUGAGGAGGGAGAAGAGAGUAAGGAAGUUACAGAGGAGGAAGAGGAUGAGAUUGCAGAGGAAGAAGAAGAAGGAGAUGAGGGAGAGGAGAGUAAGGAUGUUACAGAGGAGGAAGAGGAGGAGGAUGAGACUGCAGAGGAAGAAGAGCAAGGUGAUGAGGAGGGAGAAGAGAGUAAGGAAGUUACAGAGGAGGAAGAGGAUGAGACUGCAGAGGAAGAAGAAGAAGAAGAAGAAGGAGAUGAGGAGGGAGAAGAGAGUAAGGAAGUUACAGAGGAGGAAGAGGAGGAGGAUGAGACUGCAGAGGAAGAAGAAGAAAGAGAUGAGGAGGGAGAAGGUGAGGAGGAAGAAGGUGAGGAGGAAGUGUCUUUAGAUGAGGGAGAAGCUGAGAAAGAGAUUGCAGAGGAGGAAGAAAAACACGACGAGGAAGAGGAUGAGAGAGGAGUUGAGGAAGAAAUCGCAGAGGGUGAAGAAGAGGAGGAGGAGGAGGUAGCAGAGGAAGAGGAAGAGAGUGAAGGUGAGGAGGAGGAAAAAAUAAAUAGAAAAGAGAAAAGUAUGGAGGCCAGUAAAAAGGUGAUGGUAGAGAGCGAUGAUGAGGAGGAGGAGGAGGGGGAUGAGGAUGAAGAGGAAGAGGGAGAUGAGGAAGAGACAAAACCCAUGAGUCGGAGAGAAGUAACAAAGCAAAAACAAACUGUAGGAAAGACAGUUAAAGAUUCUGAGGAGGAUGAGGAAAGUGAUGAAGAGGAAGAGGAGGGAGAAGAGGAGGAGAGUGAGGAUGAAGGAAAGGCUGCAGAUGACAAAAAUAGAGAGGGAAACAUGGAGGAGGAAGGAGAAAGAGAUGAGGAGGAAGAGGAAGAAGAAGAAGAGGAGGAGGAAAAAGAAGGAGAGGAGGAGGAAGAAGAAGAGGAGGAAGAAGAGGAAGAGGAGGAAAAGGUCAAAUCAACAAAAACAAAGAAAAUGGACAGACAAGACAAACAACAGAAGGAGACUCCCAAACCAGCUCCGAGGACGAAGCAGAUGAAGCAGAAGUAACCAGACGACCCUCUGCAGCUCUGGAAUGAUGUUCUGCCUCAAUAUGUCGACCUGCAGUGAGCUGAUCAAACACUUUGUAACUGAGAGGAUUGACGACUGCAGCUCCAACAGCAAUCAGCUGACAAAGUGUCAUGCAGAGAACCUGCUCACUGAGAGUCAGACUCAAGUGUCAAGCUAAAACUUCUUAUCCACAAAUCCCAUUACAGUAAAAAGACCAAAACCAACAAUGCAUUAGUUUGCAUCUCAAUAUUUGAUGACUUCCUCCCUGUGGCCCUCAGUGAGCCUCGAGCCUGGUCAUUCCUACUAAAGACAGAAAACUUCACAGAUGUACACCGUUCUUUUGAUUCACUAAUCAGCUGGGCACUGUAGUUUCUCACAAAUUUGACUCAGGCUAUGGAGAAAACAUAUUUGGUGCACUGGAGUUUACAGCAGCAGAAUUGUUUAUAUGUGGGCAUGAUACAAAAUCAUAGAUGUACAAUAGAACAAGAUACUGGAUGCAAAGAUGACGCCUAUUCAGUCCAGUAAGGACUGCUUUCCUGGCACAUAUACCCAAAAAAAAAAAAAAAAAAAAAAAAAAAAAAAUUGGAGCUUCAGGGUUUAUUUCCUGGGUUAGCAGCCUAAUGAAUAUGUGGUGUUUCUCUCACAGUAGAUUUACAUUGUGCUGAUGUCACAGGUUUUUAAAUAGUGUUUCUCGGCUAAAGGAAGGUUUUACAAAUAUAAGAUCUCCCAUGGAUCAAAAAAGGAUAACAGAGUGAAUCAUAAUCGACCAUGUUUGCAGUUCAAGGUGUCCUGUCAACAGCUUUACAGACUUCUCUCACUUGUAAUGGUGCUCUGUGAAGAAAAUACUUUUUGGGCUGCAGUGGAAAUGUUUCUCUUCAUUGACUGAUUGUAAUACAGGCUGAGUGGCGAUGUUGUAUCCAGGUCUAUGAUACAUUCAUGCUCAAAAUCAACUACAGUGCCCAUGUUCAUCAUUUAAAAGAACAUGUUACUCAGUGCAACAGAGAGGCUCAUUUGUUUUUAGGUGAGCACAGAUUUAACAUCGUACUAUAUGAUGGACAGUUUUAAUAAGAAAGGAUCAUAAUUGACGAAGCAGAGCCAGAGACAUCAUCUUUUUUAUUCCACAUGUACGUCUGCCUUGUCAAAAGCCAGGAUUGCCCACAAUGCAAUGCAGCACAAACUCCACACCCCCACAUUUUUAUUUAUGUUUCCCUCUGGAGCUACAAAAUGGCUUCAUACGACUAUGUUCACAUAUGCAGUAGUAGUUCCCCAGACCUGUAAACAAACUUUAAGUUGUGAAUUCAGCACUCAGUGGAGUGGUACAGCUCAGAGAAAAUGAACUACAGUGUAGGAUGUUCUGGCUGAACAGGCUUUACUUGUAACUGUGGGAAAUAUGGUUGUUGGUUUUGGUUUUUUGAUUGGAUUUUCUGACAUUGUGAAAACCAUAGAUUAUCACCAGACCUGUUAAAAAUGUAAAUGCAGUUUGAAUAAAAAGUUAAAAAUA